UUGGAAUCGACAUCAUGUGCUGCAAAUGCUGCGGAGUGACCCAACAGAAGGUCUGGGUCUUUGGACUGGGCACCUUGUUCGCCGUUUCUGGACUUCUGGCCGUAAUAUGCUGGCCCGGCUUUAUAGACACACAGAUCAUGAAGGCCUUGCCCUUGACACCCACUUCAAAGACCUUUGAGAAGUGGGAGGAGCUGCCCAUUCCCGUCUAUGUCUACAUGUACCUUUGGAACUGGACAAAUGCCAACGAUGUACAGGCCUAUGGAGUAAAGCCAAGCUUUGAGCAGCUCGGUCCGUAUGUCUAUCGGGAGGAGAGAAAGAAAAUGGACUUGGAGUGGCACGAUAAUGGCACGGUGACCUUCAACCCAAGGAGAACCUGGUUCUGGGUUGAGGAACUCUCAGGCGGCAUGCAAACGGAUUUAAUAACAGCACCGCACUUGCCAUCGCUGGCCGCUGCCAAUCAAAUGCGAAAUAGCAACUCCUUUCUAAAGUUCAUGUUCAACCAGGCUCUAAAUGCCAACGGAGGACACCUGUUCGUUACACACACGGCAGCCGAGUGGCUUUUCGACAGCUUCUACGACGAGUUCCUUCACUAUGCCAUGUCGCUGAAUAAUCCGCUGGCUCCAGCGAUUGAGUCGGAUCACUUUGCUUGGUUCCUCAACCGAAAUGGUUCAAAGGACUUCGAGGGUCCCUUCACUGUGCACACGGGCGUGGGCGACAUCAAGGAGAUGGGCGAAAUAAAGUACUGGAAGGGCCAGAAUCACACAGGCUGGUACGAAGGCGAGUGCGGUCGCCUUAAUGGCAGCACUACAGAUCUCUUUGUGCCGGAUGAGCCCAAGGAGAAGGCCCUGACCAUCUUCAUACCGGACACCUGCAGGAUUAUCAACCUUGAGUUCACCGGCGAAAGCGAAACCAUCCAGGGUAUUAAAGGAUGGAAAUAUGAGAUCACACGUAACACCUUUGACAAUGGCCAGGUGAACGGAAACAUGAAGUGCUGGUGUCCUGUGGAGAAGCAGCCAAACGACUGCCCCGCCACCGGAGCCACGGACCUUGGACCCUGUGCUGAUGGUGUGCCCAUGUACCUAUCCGCGGAUCACUUUAUGUAUGCGGAUGAGAGCUAUGGGAAUACCAUCAAUGGCUACCAUCCCAACUAUGAUCAAAACAACUUCUUCAUCAUCAUGGAGCGGAAAAUGGGUGUGCCGCUGAAGGUAAACGCCAAUGUGAUGAUUACCCUCUUGAUACAGGAGGACAAGGAUAUUGACAUUCUAAAGGGGCUACCCAGUUUCUAUGCUCCAAUGUUCACCACAGCCAGUCGCGCUGAAAUCGAUGAGGCUCUGGCCUCGGAACUUAAGUUGGCUCUCAACCUGCCCGCCAUUGGUAGAUACACUGGUGUGGGAUUACUUUGUCUGGGCUGCAUUCUUAUAGCUAUUGGCACCUUGCUCACCAUAAAGAGGAAAUGGUAUGGCCAAGCGGAGGCGGAUCGGCUGGCCCUUAAGGAUAACGAGGAAACACCAAAUGAACCCGAGUCGGUGGUCGAUGAAAUCAAUAGGAAUUUGUAAUAAAUAUAGAAUGAGUUUAUAAUCAUUGUGAUUUUCUGAGAACAAAGUGUGAUAAAUAUAUUAAUAUAACUAAAAAUAUAAUGCUGUAUAUGUACAUUAGCCUUGUGAUAUUUAUCUCACAAUCUAGGAAAAUGGCUUUAUUCUGUAAUUAUAUGAGAAUUUUUAUGACUUA